AUGGGAUUUGGGACUUAUGGAUAUGGAGGACCCUAUUUGUCAUCGUCAUCAUCUUCGAGUUUAUCAGCUCUGGCACCACCUUUUACCGUGGAGCGGCCUGUUCCUAAGCCCAUUUCGAGCCCACUGGUGGAGUCCUUUACGCCACUUGUGGAGGUGACUGAGCAACCUUAUGCUGCCCCUCCGAAUUCUACUUUGCACAACUGGCUCCCUCCUCACUCUCCCAGUUCAGUGCCCAAUUUCUUCACCAAUCCUCCCCCAGCAUUCGAUUCAGUGCCUUCAUCCAAUGCGUAUAGAUAUGCAGGCUUGCCGACUGUUGACUCAUUCAGUACAAAUUUGCCUCCGAUGAACUCUGUCAGCAUGCCUUCGUCCAAUGCAUUUUCUUAUGAUCAACGCUUGGAUGUUGCGGCAACUAGCUUUGUGGAAGCUAAACCGUAUUAUCCCUCUUAUUUAUCGCCCACAAUUCAUGGUGAUAACCCCGUGGUGCCUCCUGAUCAACCUAGUUAUGACUGGCUAUCUACUUCUCAAUUUGCUCCCUUGGAUGGGUCAUCUCACAAAGAGUACACUCAAAGGCCCUCUUCUUCAAAGUAUACAGCUCAGUGGGGUAGCUCAUGGAACGGACCAGCAGAGUGGGAACAGGGUAAGCAGGGACAAUUUGAUGGAAGUUUUCGACCAAAGGAGAAUGAUGUAUCUAAUUUGCCAUAUAAUAAUUACCUGAACCAAGAACCUCAUUCCUCCAAUAGCUUGAAGUCAUACGGUGUAAAUGAAGUAGCAUCCCACAAUAUCCCAGAUUGGAAUGGAUCUGUAAAUGCAGAGCAUUUAGGAGAUAAAUCCUUUGUGGGGAGAAAUUCCAAAUUCAGCCCCAUUGACUUUACAAAACCCACAAUGGGAUCCCUUUCAGUGGUUCCGGAAAUCCCUUCUAAGGCACCAUCCUCACCUUUUAUCGGGAAGUCUACUUAUGGUGUUUCAUGUGAAAAAAGACAGCAUGAUGCUAGUUGGAAUGAUGUCACGUCCAUUUCAAAGUCUUCCCCUGCCUCUAUCAUCAGACCACCGGCUAUAGGCACUAAAUCUUCAGAACCAAAGAUGGGUCUAUUCAAAAGAUUGAAUUCCGGAAGAGAUGCAGCAAAUGCAGAUCAUGGUGGUUAUUAUCCCUCACAGGAGUCUCAUCUCCCACAAAGUUUUGUAGACAAAGUUCCUUUUGACUCAAGCCAACUCGGCAUUCACCUAGGAAGAAUUGAUCCCUUCUCUGUGGAAUCAUCAUCAACAAAAGACACAGCACUGCCAAAUAAUGGAAGUAUCAGCAAUGAUCCCUUGGACCAUUUGUUUAAAGUAAAACCCGGACUUCCAAAUUCACAUGUUAAACCUGAUGGUUUUGAUGCGGCAGUUAAUAUCAAUGACUCCAUCAAUUCUUUUCUGAACUCCUCUGAGAAUGUGGAUCCCAACAAUCCAGCUGUGGACUCACCAUGUUGGAAAGGAGUUCGUGGUAGUCGUUUUUCUCCAUUUAAAGCAUCUGAAGAGGGAGGUCCAGAAAAGAUGAAGAAACUAGAGGGCUGCAAUGGCUUGAAUCUUAAUAUGCCAAUGAUCUUCUCACUAAACACAUGUGAAAAUAUCUCUACCCAAAAGCCGGUUGAGUACAAUGAAUUUGGAUGGCUGGGGAAUGGUUUGCUCGGAAAUGGUUUGCCACUUCCUUUGAAGAAAUCUUCAGUGGAAAAUUCUGCUUUUGGAGAACAUAAAUUAGAUGAUACCACGAAGACUACCUAUUACCGAGAAUCAGGGCAUGAUAGAGGGCUUCAUGGUUAUAUUAAUACCCCUCAUUCAGGGAGUGGAGACAAGUCCUCAAGUCCCUUUGAGCAUUCUUAUAUUGUGCAAGAAGGUUGUGGAGAAGGUGGAUUAACAACCGAAUCAAAGAACACAACAUGGAGUGUUGGUGCAGAUGUUAAAUUGAAUAUAAAUGACACCCUGGAAUGUGGUUCGUCUCAUACCUCUCCUAUCGAAAAUACUUUUUGUUCUCCCUCUGUAGAGGAUGCUGAUACAAAGCUUACCACAUCAUAUGGGGAAGAAUCCAAUAUGAAUAUGGAUAUCCAGAUGCUGGUUAAUAAGAUGAAUAGCUUGUCAGAAGUGCUGCUCGUCAAUUGUUCAAACAGUUCAUGUCAGUUGAAGAAAAAAGAUAUUGACGCCCUAAAAGCUGUGAUCAAUAACUUGAAUAGCUGCAUUUUGAAGCAUGAUGAAGAUUUUUUGUCAAUGCCAGAAUCACCCCCUAUCCAGCAAAGUACUAUCAAGUAUAUUGAAGAGUUAUGCAAGCCAAAUAAGGCUUUGAGUCCAGACAUGCCGCAGUUGACCAAGAUAUUUGCUCCUAGCAUUCAGGAUCCACUUCAUCUUCAGGGUGUUCAGAAAGUAAAGAAUCAUGAUAAUCUUGUUAAGAAUGAUGAUGAAGUUAUAAGUUCUGUUUCUGCGAAAAGUGACAUCGACUUUGUGAAACAAGAAGAGAUGACUCAGGAUAUAAAGAAGAUUCUCAGUGAGAAUUUCCAUACUGAUGAUACACACCCUCAGACUCUCUUGUACAAGAAUCUAUGGCUUGAAGCUGAAGCUGUAAUAUGUUCCACCAAUUACAAAGCUCGUUUUAAUCGUCUAAAAACUGAAAUGGAGAAGUGCAAGGCUGACCAGUCCAAAGAUGUGUUUGAACACACUGCUGAUAUGAUGACACAAUCGAGGUCUGAGGUUUGCGUUAAUUCAAACCCAGUUGAGAAAUUGACAUCUGAAGUUCAGGGUUCUCCAUUGCCAAAGUUAAAUCUCCAGGAGUCACCCACUCUAACUCAAGGAGAUGACAAUGUUAUGGCAAGAUUUCAUGUCUUAAGGAACCGCAUUGAGAAUUUGAGUUCUGUGAACGCCACCUUUGGGGAUGAAUCCAGCUCAACUCUUUCUCUUGUUCCUGACAAGGUUGACGAGGUUGCACCUGAAGCAGAUGCUAGGCCCUCACCUAGGAUCUCCCUCCAGGACUCUCCCACAUCAAGCAUAACUGGCCUGUCAAAUGAUUAUGAGGCUUCUGUUAUGGCCAGAUUUCAUAUUAUAAGAGACCGGGUUGAGAACUCUAAAUUCAUUAGUGAUGCCAAUGUGGAGGAUACAGCAAGCUCCAAGGUCUCUCGUGAACACGAGGCUGAAGAAGGUGCAUGUGAAACAAGUGAUGAUGGCCCAAUUCAGGAGUUAAAUAUUCAGGAUUACCCUGGCUCAGUUCAGGAUUACCCUGUUUCAACUUCAACCACAACCGGCCAUGCAUACCAGUAUGAGGAUUCCGUUUUGGCCAGAUUUAAUAUCCUUAAAUCUCGGGUUGACAACUGUAGUGACAUACCUACAGUAGGGGAACUCCUGGAAAGUGUUGAUCUUGGAUAUGCUGGUAAGAGAAACCUUGGGCCUAUUAUUUGCAACAGAUCAGAGGAUGGAAGUUCAGAUGUAAAAGAACAACCUGUUUUGCAGAGUCACAUAGCUGACAAUAGCAAAGGCAAGUGUAUGGACGCAAAGGAGUUCCAUCUGUUCGUUGAGGAUGAUCCUGGUCACAUGAUCAACAGGCCUGCGAAUCAGCUUUCUGCCGGUUCUCCUGAUCAGAGCACUUCAUCAGAUUGGGAACAUGUCAUGAAGGAGGAGGUUUGGGGACACAGCUGUUGAACCUGAUGCUGGAUGUACUGUGUCUAAGUGCAUUGUUUUGCUGUUUACUUGAAUGAUUAUAUUAAGACUCUUAAAACUUUUAAUCAUCACCUUCCACUACGAAGGGGGUGUAAAUGACUGGUAUGAUAUGUACAAAGUUAAACUUGUUACUUGUGUAGAUGUCAUGAACAUAUGACCUCUAAUAGUCUUAAGUUCAUAAUCAUUAUCAGCACACUUGCAUUCAUU